AUGUCCUUCGGCGGUGGUUUCGGGGGCUUUGGCUCCAACAACAACAACCAGUCUACUGGCUUCGGUGGAUUUGGUUCAUCUAACAACAACACAUCAACUGGUGGCUUCGGUGCCAGCGCAACAAACAACAACAAUGCUUUCGGUUCGAAACCCUUCGGCGCUUCGACGACGGGCGGUGGCCUCUUUGGCGGCGGUGGCGCUACAGGUGGCAGCACGUUUGGUGGUGGCUUUGGAGCGACGAACACCAAUACCACAACCUCGGCUUUCGGUUCCAGCAAUACAAACACUGGAGGUGGUCUCUUUGGCCAGAACAAGCCGGCGACAGGCUUCGGCGCUUCAACAACAGGAGGCGGAGGUUUGUUUGGAGGCGGCAACACCAGCAGCGGAUUCGGUUCUACCAACACGAACACCACGACGGGCGGCUUCGGUGCCAGCACUGGAGGUGCUUUCGGCGGAGGCAGCAACCCACCCCCAAACAACGGUACUGCCAACACUCCGUUCCAGCCAUUCCAGGAGAAGGAUGGUACAGGCAACGCACAGUCGCAGUACCAGACCAUCACCUUCCAACAACCGUACACGAACUACUCCCUCGAGGAGUUGCGCGUAGCCGACUACAAUCAAGGCAGGCGGUAUGGCAACCAAAAUGGCCAAGCUGGAGCAUUCGGACAGAGCACUGGUUUUGGUGGCUUUGGUAGCAACAACAACAAUACCACCGCAUCUACAGGCUUCGGUGCAGCUGCCAACACCGGUGGCAGUCUCUUCGGUGGCGGUAACACGAACACUGCUACCACAUCAGGAUUUGGUCAGAGCACGGGUUCCGCGUUCGGAGCGAACAACAAUACUACGGGAGGCGGACUAUUCGGUCAGAAUAAGCCUGCAACCGGCGGACUAUUCGGCUCAAAUAACAACACCACGACUGGUACAACUGGAGGUCUCUUUGGAGGUGCCUCAACAACGAACAACACUGCCGGAGGAUUUGGCUCUGGAGGUGGAGGUUUCGGCUCAUCUACAACUGGCGGCGGUGGACUGUUCGGGCAGAACAAGCCUGCCACGGGUGGUGGUCUUUUCGGGGGCGGUGCCGCGACUAACACUACCUCAACACCCUUUGGAGGUGGUGCAACAAACACCGGUGGCGCAUUCGGCCAAUCGAACACUGGCGGCGGUGGUCUCUUCGGUCAAUCCAACAACCAAACCUCGUCCACUCCAGCGUUUGGUGCCAACAACACAUCCACGAACACCGGCGGCGGUCUCUUUGGUGGUAGUACAGCUGGAGGUUUCGGGCAGAACAACCAAGCUCCGGCUCAAAACACAAACUCUGGAGGCCUGUUUGGCGGUGGUAGUGGUGGUGGAUUCGGCCAGAACAACAACAACCAACAGAAGCCGGGUGGACUCUUUGGCGGCGCAAGCACUGGUGCCACAGGUGGCGGCCUCUUUGGUGGUCAAGCAAACCAGAGCCAGCCGUCUACUGGCGGGUUGUUUGGCGGUUCUACUGCCAACAACACCAACAACACUGGAGGUGGCUUGUUCGGUCAAAAGCCUGCUACUGGCGGUUUGUUUGGCGGUUCUACUGCUAACAACACGAACACUGGAUCAACUGGCGGAGGCUUGUUCGGUGGCCUCGGUAACAACAACAACCAGCAAAACACAGGAGGUGGUGGCCUAUUCGGUGGUGGCCAGAACAACAACCAACAAAAGCCUGGCGGUUUGUUUGGUGGCUCUACGUCGAACACGAACACUGGAGGUGGUCUCUUCGGUGGCGGACUUGGACAGUCGAACAACAACCAAUCAGGCAUGGGCGGUUCUCUCUUCUCGCAGCAACAACAACAGGAGCAGCCGAACCUUAACAACAGCUUAUUCGGUGCUUCGGGAAGCUCUUUGUUAAACACAUCCAUGAACACCAACCCCUAUGGCAACGACGCCCUCUUCGCUGGACUCGCUACCCCUACUCAGAGCCCUGGCCCACUAGCCACUCCCUUGUCCAGCAGCCAGAAGAACAAGAAGAACGCCAUACUGCCUCAGCACAAGCUUAACCCUGCCGCAUCGACCCGUCUUCUCACUCCGCAAACCAAAAGGGGCGGUUAUGGAUUCACAUACUCCACUUACGGCACUCCAGCCGGUGGAGCAAGCCAGAACGGCGGCCAAGCCCUCGGCGGUAGCCUCUUUGCAAGCGGCAGCCUCUCACGAUCUUUGGGCAAGAGCCUGUCUACGAGCAAUCUUCGGAACAGCUUCACACCCGAAACCAGUAGCAUACUUGCACCAGGUGCUUUCUCGAACACCGGACGCAACUUCGGCAACGGCAGUCUGAAGCGACUUAACAUCAACCGCCAUAUCAGCAGCAGGGCUCCAUUGUUUGAUGAACCUUCGCAGAAGCGUGUCAGCUUUGCUGGUGGCGACAGUCCCAACGGAGAGACCAACGGAGAGACUGCACUGGUCGUUAGGCAGGAUGAGGAAGACGCCUCACCGCGGGCUAGCAAUAACAACAACGCCGGCAGCGAAGCUCCUCGCCCGGCCAUGCAGCAAGUCAAUGGAAAUGAGCUUGCUCGUGUUUCUGAGGACCACGUGCUUUCUUCCACGUCUUCCGCAUCACUCAACAUACAACCUGGACAAGACCCCAAGCCAGGAGAGUACUGGUCGAGCCCCUCGCUGGAUCGACUGAAGAAGAUGAGCAAGCAGGAGCUUAGGAGCGUGCCUGACUUCAUUGUCGGUCGUCACAACAUUGGUCAGAUCAAGUUCCAUCACGGCAAGCCUGUCGACCUAUCUGAAGUUGAUCUCGACAAGCUGUUCGGUGACAUUGUACAGCUCAAUGCACGCAACGCUACGGUCUAUGGAGAGAGCUGCACCUGCCUGCCAAAGCCACCGCUAGGCACUGCUCUGAACCAGCCUUCCGAGAUCGUCCUUGGUAACUCCUGGCCUCGCAACAGGGCCGGCAAGAAGGAUGUCAAGCAUCUCGAGCGUCUCAAGCGUGUGGCCGGAACUACUUUCAUCGGGUACAACCAGGCUACUGGUGAAUGGACCUUCUCUGUCCCCCACUUUUCGUCCUACGGUCUUGACUACGACGACUACAGCGAUGAGGAAGACGAUGAUGCGUCAAGCGAUCUCAGCGACGUCCCCGAUACCCCAGCUGAGCAGCAACAUCGCUCGAGCCAGAUGACGAGCACACCCCAAGAUGACUCCUUCGUCAGCCCUACUCAGUCACAGUCUAGCCCUGACGACACGUUCGACUUCAAGAAGGGAAUGCGUAGUGGUCGUGCGAGUGUGCCUGGUGGCUUCGGCGAUGAUUCGGCUUAUAUGGAUGAGGAAGAGAUGGAAGACAACCGAGGCGAGUCUUUUUUAGGGCGGCGCUCCGUGGGUUCGCUUGAUGGGCAGCAGGAUGCUGACUACUCUGAAGAAAGCGAAUUGGAAUUGGCACGCGACCAGAACAUGGCGGAUUCUGUGUCCGGACCAAUUCGAACCACGGAGCAAGACACCGCUAAGGAAGAUCCAUUCAGGAGCACAUUGAAGCCGAAGUCUAUCUUGAAGGCUAGCCAGUUCAUGAAGCCUGGCACUGGUACACCUUCAAAAGCACAGCCGGUAUUCGAUGACGAUUGGGCAAACCAGCUCCAGCGCACGAUAAGCCCGAAGAAGCAGGAUCGAUAUGCUCUCCGCGAAAGCCAGGGCAACGUGCUACGAGAACACGAAUCGCAGCCUACGAAUUUUUCCCAAUCCUUCGGUGCACGACAGAUGACUACUGCAAUGGAUUUGAUGGACUCUCUGUUCGGAGAGACGGAGAAGCAACAGUUUCCCAAGCGUGGUGGACAUGGUAUUGAGUUACCCUAUUCCAAGCGACCCAAAACCGCCUCCGAUCUCGACGAGCUUGCCGAUGCCGACAAAGACUUCCACGGUUGCAGCAAACCCCACUUCAGCGAAACGAACGUCCUGAUCUACGGCAACAAAGGCCCCUCACACCUCGAAGGCGGUAUCUUCUCAACGGCUCAAGAACCACUCGUUGAUGCUACGAAGGACAUGCGUUUCUUGAAGAUGCCCACCUUCAGCGAUUCCGCACCUGAAACCCUUUCGCUUCAGAAACAACACACUAAGAUCGUCACGACUGAUGGUGUGCCUUCAGCAAAACUCCUAACUGAUCCUGCUCCAGUCGAGUUCUCCAGUAUGGCAAAGGCUGUCGCGCUCGACGCGCCGCCUGGCGUUCACGAGCAGCAAGCUUGGCAACUGCUCUCCCUUUUGUUCGAUGACGCCGAUCGGGUUCCGGGUGACGUGCACGAAGAGAACGUCAACGUGUAUCGGAAAGAGAGACUGUCGGAUUUCUGGAAGCUGCUUGUCUGGGAUGAUGCGCAGAAGCAUGCCCAGCAAGCUGCCACGGCUGAAGAGCGCGCAAUCGCUCACCUCAGCUGCAACAAUGUUGCCGAUGCUUGUCAUACAUUGCUGGAUGGACUUGAUCUACGGCUGGCCACAAUGAUUUCUCAGAUCGGCGGUGACGAAACGAUGCGCCAAAGCAUGGUCACUCAGCUUGAAGAGUGGCGUCGUCUGGAUGUGCUUUCCGAGAUGGAGGAUCCCCAGCGUGCCCUCUACGAGCUUCUCUCCGGUAAUUGUACCAAGUCGGAAGGCAAAGCGGGAACUGGCCGAGAGAACCGGGCUUCUACCUUCAAUAUCUCGAGCCGGUUUGCUCUUGAUUGGCGACGAGCCUUCGGACUUCGCCUGUGGUACGGUACGAUGAUCGACGAGCCCAUCGAGAUGGCUGUUGCGCAGUUUGCGGACGCUGUUAGAGAUGGUCAUGAAGAUGUCAAGCCGGUGCCUUGGUUUAUCCAAAACAAUGCCGACAUGGGCUGGAACGAUCCGGAUGCUGAGCACCGAGAAGACCUGCUCUGGGGCAUCCUGAAGCUCUACGCGGCGGAGAAAAUGGGACUUCCCGCCAAUGUUGAGGACGUUCUCGCUCCCGAGAAUGUGUCCGGCAAUCCCUUCAACGCUCGUCUCUCAUUUCAGUUGUUCCAGCUCUUCAAGUCUCGACAAGAUGAUGAGAGCGAAGCAGAUGAGCGCAAGGUUGCUAUGCCCACUUCUCGCGGUCAAGAUGAAGAUGACGGCAACUUCCGCCGUUCGCUCCAGUCAUGGUCUGCACCUGGCGCUGCAGACGAUGUGCAAGCCGUGAACCCGCUUGUCGAGCUGGGUGAUAAGAUCACGCUCACAUAUGCCGCUUCGCUACAUACACCAGAGCACUGGACCACUGCGAUUUGGGUAUACUCGCAUCUCUCAUCUCCAGCAAUGCGAGAACACUACAUCCGCUCGCUUGUCAACCAGUUUUCGAACUCGUACUCCUUGGAGGAGGGUGAUGCCACCUACGACUGCCUUACGCGCGAUCUCCAGGUCCCUGCGACAUGGCUUCACGCUGCCGCUGCAUUGCAAGCGAAGUCAGGUGGCGAUGCUCUACGUGAGGCGACUCAUCUCAUCAAGGCUGAGGAGCUCGAGGAGGCGCACGAAGUACUCUGCCGCAAAGUUGGCCCGGAGGCUAUCGUCUCUCGCGACUACGAUGCGCUUCGUGAGCUCAUGGGCGGCUUUGUUUCUAAGUCACCAUCUGCUCGCCCGAAGGAAGCAUUACAAGGUUGGGCUCAAGGUGGUCAGAUCUACUUUGACUACAUUGAGUUGAUUGAUACGACGGGCCAACGCUCGAACUACCGCGUUGACGAGGAGCUGGACAACCGAGUUCAAGAGCUUCUUACCAAGCUACAGCGUGCACUAGAAAUUGCUGGACGCGACAGGCUAGGCACUUGCGGUUUGGAAGAGCGUGUGGCGCUCAUGGAGAUUGCUGGCACCGUUGCCAAUCUGAUCUCAAAGACUCAGCGAACCAACCGCAACGCCAUCCUCAAGCUCCCACUUACCGAAGACCUGUGGCUCAAGCACUCAAUCGACCUGAGCACAAGCUACUACCGCAACGUCAUGAUCACUAGUCGUUAG